GGGUUUUGCCAUUCGCGUGGGAAGUUGUGUUGAUGCCGCAUUUGUUUAUAUUUUAUGAAACGAUUUUAAAAAAGCUAUAAAAUGAAAAUUGCCAUCGAAGGUUGCGCUCACGGCGAACUGGAGCGCAUAUACGAAACCAUAGAAGGCAUCGAAAAGGAACGCAACAUAAAAAUUGACCUGCUGCUCUGCUGCGGAGACUUUCAAUCGACGCGCAAUCUUACGGAUUUACAAACAAUGGCCGUUCCACGAAAGUACAUGGACAUGUGCUCCUUUUACAAAUAUUACAGUGGUGAGCUUGUUGCUCCAAUUCUGACCAUCUUUAUUGGCGGCAAUCACGAAGCUUCCAACUAUCUGCAGGAACUACCCUACGGCGGCUGGGUGGCACCGAAUAUCUACUAUCUGGGAUACGCUGGCGUUGUCACUGUAAAUGGCAUACGUAUUGCGGGCAUCAGUGGCAUUUAUAAGGGACAUGAUUUUUUGCGAGGUCACCACGAAUUCCCACCGUAUUCGGAUAAAACAUGUCGCAGCGUUUACCACGUACGUCAGUUGGAAGUGUUCCGUUUGAGGCAACUCUCCGGCAAGGUGGAUAUCUUUAUGUCGCACGACUGGCCGCGGGGUAUUCAAGAAUACGGCAACAAGGCGCAACUGCUGCGCUUCAAGCCACAUUUCAAAGAUGACGUUGAGAGUGGACAGUUGGGCAGUCGCCCACUGGAGGAGCUGUUGAAGGCUGUGCAGCCCACGUAUUGGUUUGCAGCACAUUUGCAUUGCAAAUUCGCUGCACUGGUGCCGCAUCCGCAUGAGAAGAAAUCCAAGUCCCUGGAUGCGAAUGAUUCAAGCAGCAGCAGUAGCAGCGAUAGCGAGAGUGAAAGUGAACAGAAGGAGCCGGAGUUGGCAGCUCCAGCGGCGCCAAUGCCCGUCACCAAGUUCUUGGCUCUGGACAAAUGCCUGCCCAAGCGACGAUUUCUACAGGUUCUGGACAUGCCCAGCAGCGAGAGCGCCGAUGGAAAAUUAACUCUGCAAUACGACGCCGAAUGGCUUUCGAUAUUGCGCACAACAAAUCAUCUGAUCUCUGUCAAGGAUAAUAACUACUACUUGCCGGGUAAGAAGGCGGGCAGCAUUGAGGAGCGCUCUAAUUUCACACCCACUGCCGAGGAACUCGCCCACAUAUGCAGCAAAUUCGAGAAUCUUAAGGUGCCCGAAAACUUUACUCGCACUGUCCCGUCCUUCGAUCCGGAGGAGGAACACAAUUACAAGCAAAUGCACAUUGAGCCCCCGCAAGCACAGCUGAAUCCACAGUGUAACGAGUUCUGCUCCCUGUUGGGCAUAGAUGAUCCACUCUGCUUGGCCAUGCUGGCCAAUGGCAAGGAUCUGCCGCAAACUCCCAGCAAUUUACUGAAUAGCUCUACAGACGUCAAGCCACCGACUAAGAGUCCUAUUAAGCAGUCUGUGGAUGAGAGUCUUGUGUUUGACGAGUCUUUGACGACACCAACUAAACGUAAAUUGAAUUUAUUGCUACCAGCGCCGACUGCAGUAGCAGGAGCCACAGAGCCGGACAAGAACGUCAUUGAUCUGCCGGAUGAAGAGGCCGAGGAGCUGGCUGUGCCGCCUGCCGUUGUUGUAGAUGUUGCCGAAAUGGAAACGAAUCCUAAAAAGACGUUAAUUGACCCUAGUACAAGCCUUAAGAAACUCAAGAGGCGAAAUCAAAGCAUUUACCAAGCUGAUGACAAUGAUGAUUAGAAUUAAUGCAACAAGGCGACAUUCGAAAGGUUAUCGCAACAUUCUUAGAUUACAAGUUUUGGUUAUAUUUUUAAGUACAGUGGUCCUUCGUAAAUUAAAACUGUCCUAUUUUAUAACUAUGCUGAAAUAAGAAUCAUCAUUGAGCAGCUUA